AUGCGCUCUGCCGCCGAGGCCAAGGGCUACCGCCCUGUCGACGCUGCCGACGAGACUGGCGACUGGGACGCCGAUCUGACUCGUCGCGAGGCGCGGCUGGCGCAAAGAGAGAAGCGUUGUCGGGCCAUACUCUUUGGCAACGCCCUCGUAUUUUUCCUGUCGCUGUGCUUUCUCGCCAUGGCUCGUCUCUCCAAGCCCUCGCUGCUUGAGUGCGACAAGAUGACCUCGCCGUACUCACCGGUUUUCAACGGAGGCGUCAAGCACUGGGAGGGCGACUUUGAAAACACGUUUAAUCAGACGUCAAAGUAUAGAGGGCCGCCGACGCUCGAACUUGAGAAUGCUUGGGAGGAACUUUGGUAUCAGCCUGGUGUUGGCCUCACCCUUGACGACAUCGCCAAGCUCAACAAGACCCGUGCCGGCGUCAGCUUUACCGAAAUCGAAGGCAGCGAUCCCAAGAACCCGACCUACGCCAGCACCCUCGAAGUCUUUCACCAGCUUCAUUGUCUCAGCCUCAUCCGCCAAGCGACCUGGCCGUUGCGCAUGUUCAACGAGAGCUGGCAUUCGUACCCGUGGUUUCUGACUGACGAGCUGGGUGGCCGCAUGCACGUCGACCACUGCCUCGAGUCCCUGCGUCUCAGUCUCAUGUGCUACGCCGACGUUACGCCCGUCCUGGCAGAGAAUAACCCAAUGCGGCCCACGGGCCUGCAGCUCGACUUCAACGUCCACCACAAGUGCCGCAACUACGACAAGUUGCUCGAGCAUGUGCAGGCUCACGGCGUUGAUGUGCCGGCUGAACUCAAGAACCGCGUGCAAAGUAACAUUACAAGCAUCACGCAGUGA